AUGGUUGACACUAACAAUAUAGAGAGCAAGGUUGUCAUAAGAGAGUUUGAUGAAGAUAGAGAUGUUAAAGUGGUGGGGAAGCUUGAAAGGAAGUGUGAGAUUAAUGGGACUAAAAAGGGAUUCUCCAUUUUCACCAACAUUAUGGCUCACCCUUUAUCUAGGAUUAGGUUCUAUCCCCUUCGUGUUAUGUUGGUAGCUGAGGUGGCUGAAAGUAGGGAACUUGUUGGAGUAGUUAGAGGAUGCAUUAAGAGUGUGAGAACUCCUUCUGGAUCAGUCUACAAGAUGGGUUGCAUUCUAGGCCUUAGAGUCUCUCCUACACACAGGAGAAAGGGUGUUGGACUAAAACUUGUAACCACAAUUGAAGAAUGGAUGCUAAGAAAUGGGGCUGAGUAUGCAUACCUAGCCACAGAAAAGAAUAACAAUGCCUCAAAAAACCUAUUCACCAACAAAUGCAACUAUGUGAGUCUCACAUCACUUUUCAUAUUUGUCCAUCCAACUAGUUUCCUUCCAAAGCACAUUUCCAACAAGGACAUCAAUAUAGACAAGGUAAAUAUAGACCAAGCAAUUUCCUUAUACUCAAGAAUCUUGAAGACCAAAGAGUUGUAUCCAUUAGACAUGGAUGUUAUUCUAAAAGAAAAGCUUAGCUUAGGAACUUGGGUGAGUUAUUACAAAGAUGAAGGUAACAAAGACAAUAUUAUUACAAGUGAAAGUACAACUAGUUCAUCAUGGCUUAUUUUUAGUUUAUGGAAUAAUACUAAUUGUGAAGCUUAUAAUAAGCUUCAAGAUGAUAAAAAACAGUCUCAACCACUUAUUAGGUUUCUUCAUGUGGCUUUAAAUCAUGCAAGGGAAAAAUUAAAGGGUUUAUUUUCCUCUAUGGAUUCGGUAGUAAUGUGUAACACAUUUGGAUUUGUUUUUCUCUAUGGACUCCAUGGAGAGGGAGAGAACCUUGAAGGGUUAAUGGAAUCCAUAUGGAGAUUUGCAUCAAGAUUUGGAGAAAAUUUAAAGGAGUGUAGAGUGGUUAUAACCGAGUUAGGGUUUGGUGAUCCACUUCUAAACCAUGUCCCUCGAAUGGAUUCUAUGUCAUGUAUUGAUGAUAUGUGGUACACAAAAAGACUUGUAAGCAAAGAUGAUGAAAAUGAUGACGAAUUGCUAGUCAUGAAGAGACUACUUGGGAAUGUGUUUAUUGAUCCUAGAGAUUUUUAGGUAUAAAGUAAGAAUUAUCUUUGUCAUAACUUGGUCAAUCAUUCAUUCUAUCUUUAUUUUAUUUGAAAC